GACCACCUGGUUGAAAUAUCCGUCGAUGUGAUUGGUCACGCGGCGUAAUGGUGCAUCCGGGCGUCCAACCUAACGCGUCCAUUACGGAGGCACCCACAUGUCCCGGCUUGCGCGGCAAUGAGGAUGAUCAUUCUCGUUCUUGUAUCUCACUUUGCCACAGGAUGUCGUCGUCGUCGUCCGACGACCUCAGCUAUCCGCUCUCGAGCACGUUCUUUGGCUGCGCGCCACUCACGCCGCAGCGCCUGAGUGGCUUUCGCGACGACGGCGAUGCGAUGAUCGACGCCUUUGCCAGCAUGGUGCUCACGCCCGACGACCGCUCCAUGCUGUGGCGAGACAUGGGCACGCACGACGGCGCCCAGCUCUAUGAAGGCGACAUCCUCGGCCUCAACCUCCACAAAGCCGGCAUCACGCCGUUCCGUGGCGUCGCCAAGAUCUGCGGCACGACAAUCGACGAGGUCGCGCAGCUCUACCGCUUCGAGACGCGCGACGACUGCAUCGAGUUUGUCGAGCUCCACCAGCGCGACGUCCUCCUCGACCUCAUGACGCUGUACACGCUGCACGAGCGCACGCCCGAGUCGCCGUUCAAACAGACGUACAUCCAGUGGGCCGCAGCGUCGAGUCCGCUGCCCGCGCUCAUCCGCGCCCGCGACUUUGUCUUUCUCGAGGCCCAAGAUGAGAUUUUGCUACCGUCGGGCCGCCGCGCAUGGGUCUCGUGCCAGCAGUCGAUCACCCUCGACAGCGUACCGUGCCUCGCCGACACGACGCUGCAGCUCGCGCGCGGCCACUUGCACCAGUCGGGCCUCCUCGUCAUGGAGACCGACCGCGUCGGCGAGCUCGAUGUCAUCUACCACUUUGCCGCCGACCUCAAGGGCCGCAUGGCCUCGUGGGCGCGCAAGAUGCUUUUCAAGCGCCGCAUGCUCGCGAUCUCGUCGCUCUAUGACUCGAUUCAGAAGCUGCGCUUCUCGCACCAGCCACUCAAGACGCAGCACGAGUGCCAUUGGGAAGUCCCGAAAGCCGCGUCGUACUUUAAAAGCUGUGCGCUGUGCUUCGCGACGAGCCGGUUCAAGAAGCUCGAGUGCUGUCAGUCGUGCACCCAAGCCGUCUGCAACAAGUGCAGCCGCGUGUGGCAGCUCCAGAAAGCUGCUGUCCAUGGCGAAGGCAAGGCGCGCAUUUGCUCGGCGUGCGCGACCUCGUAUCGCUCGUAUGCGCUAAGUCGCCACUACACGAUCGCAGGCUCGCCGUACUACGACUCGACGGCGUCGUCGUCGAUGGGCUGGACCAAGAACACACCGCAGGCCGGGUCGUUGGCUGGCGCCGGCUGGAGUCGCCCGACGGCCACGUCGACACCGUCGUCGUCCUCGUUUGUCGGCAACUGGCCCAAGCCAACGACGCCCAUGUCCACAACGUCACUCGUGGGAAAAGAGCCCAAGCGCAUGGCGUCCGACUCGUUCCUUAGAGCCGACACAUCGUUUGUGGGCUUGCCAAAGAUCCCAUCGAUGCAGGCAACGUCAUCGAUUUCGCUUGUCGACAGGACGAAGCCCAAGCGCAUGGCGUCCGACUCGUUUCUCAAGACCGAGGCAGCAUCGUUUGGCGGCGGCCAUUGGGAGCCCGACGUCGUGACGCGCCCCGCGAGCAACUCGCGGAGCUACUCGAUGAGCAAAGGCACGCCACGCAACACGGACCUCACCGACCUCUCGUAUGUGAACAGUGUCAUGGAGCGCUCGGAAGGGUUGAACCGGACACUCCUCGGCGAUGCACCGCUCGUGCAGCUCGUCGACGAGGACGACAUUAUGAUGUUUAAGGACCCACCACCCCUUGGUCUCGCCACUGUACAAUAAUAACAACCCCCUU